AUGGAGUCCUUGGGAUACUCUACGGGCGCGCUGCUUGUAAAGGAGCGGUCUCUCAAGCCUGUGUCAGACAUGUCCGACAGUGUGUUCCUGCCAUCUGAAGAAGUCAGUGUGAAUCGGGUGUCUGCGUCCCGUCAUGUCGUCCAGGAUGAUGACUCCGAGGCCGGGAUGGAGUGCUCUACCCCUGUGCUAGACGUGCUGCCGGGCGACAGUAAGGAAGACCGUCGUCGACGUUGCGAGGCCGAGGUGAAGGCGAUUCUGGCGGUGAAGGUCGAAGGCGCACGAAGCCUCGGUCAACGCGACGAAGAAGUUGAGCGCUUGGAACACCUGCUGUCCAAGGUUUUGGACGUGUUCCGAACGGACGUCGGGAAUGACCCCCCCAUCAAGGUGGAGCCCCUCAAGGUCCGCCUGAAGCCAGAUGCAGUCUCGGUCAAGUGCUCGAUGCGUCGAUAUCCACCUGACCAAGUGGAGUUUCUCAAGCGGCAUGUCGGCCAGCAGGAAGACGCCGGACUGGUUUACCGCAACAACCGGGCGAAGCGGGCUGGCUGGACGAUCUGCUUGGCGCCGUGA